AUGGCCUGGGGAGUCUUGCGGCUGGUGCUCCAGCUUCUGCCGGCAGCCCUGGGCGAUGCUGGUGGUGAGGUCGACGAAGAAGUGCGAGGAGCGAUGAGCACGUUCUGUCCACAUUUGGAUGAAAUACCAGACAUGUUUACAACGUUUUGGCAGCGGCUGCACUCCGCAGUGCUUCAACUCGAGCGGGAAUUUGCUCUGGACGCACAGGCUCCUGGCUACGAAAUUCGGGCUUUGUGCGUGCAGUUGGCCUUCCUGCGGAGCAUUGUAAAGGGUCAAGCUGGGUUGCCCUUUCCGCAGGCAGUGAACAGCUGUCCCACCUUGAUGGCCAUCUACUUCGAAUGGGCCAGCGGAUUGGCAGAACGGGCGCACCAGCCACGGCGUGCUCGUGCACUGAUGCAGCUCGGGGCGCCAUUGCAGCUCAUGGCAUUGUCCCGAGCCAUGAUGAGGCCAGGGGAGUCCAAGCAGGUGAAGGACACACAGAGCACGGUGUCAACACAAUACGCGGAGAAGCUCCAGAAGCUCAAAGGCACUGCCCCGCCUUCUGUGCCCUGGCUGCGUUCCAAGCCCGGCAGCCGAAUCUCCCGCGUGGCGGUGCGAUCACUGUGUGAUGCCAACUACCAGGGAGGCAACCUGGAGAACGGCACCUUCAAUGUCACUGAGAAGAACCAUCGAAGCUACGCAGAGAAGUGGGGCUAUGACUAUGAGAUGUUGUUCCGCAGCCCCUUGAGCGAUCAAGAACCUCAGUUUGGGAAGCUACAGGUGGCCAUCGACUUAUUGGGUUCGGACGAUCCGCCUGACUACUUCUUCUGGCUCGAUUGUGAUGCCUUGGUCACCAAUCGCUCCAUCUCCCUGGAGGAUCUCUUGGAGACCUACCAGCUCCACGCGGCCCACUUCGUGGUGGCGGAGGAGGUGUCGGGGAUCAACUCGGGCAUCUUCCUGGUGAAAGGCGGUGCGGAAAGGCAUGGGCUCCGUUUCUUGAGGGCCGCUAUGACCAGCGACUGGCGCUUCGUUUGGGAUCAGACCAUGCUGUUGGACCAAAUGGCCCGAGACUCGGACCUCUACGCGGAUGACAUGUGCUAUCAGUGGCGCACCACGGGAGCUUCGCACGACUUCGACUGGGCACCACACUUCGGGGUGGUGCCGCAGCAGGCCUUGAACUUGUAUGGCCAGGGCUCUGCCUUGCAGUGGGGUGCUUCAGCUUGGCAGCGUGGGGACUUCAUUCUACACCUGGCAGGGUGUCCACUGGUGGAGCUUCCUUGCCUCCAAGCCUUCGAGGAAAUCGCCCAGUGGGUGGAGGAGAGCCAUUGA